AUGAGCGACAGAGGUCAACGAGGCCGAGGACAAAACCGUGGCGGACGAGGUGGCUCAGGAGGCCCACGUGGAAGAGGGGGCGGUGCUGAAGGUCAAGGAAGUGGUAGGUCAACACCAAGUGAGAGAGGAGGGGGCCGGGGCGGUCCAGGUUUUGACAGAGGCCGAGGUCGAGGAUUCGACAGAGGUCGCGGCCAAGGUGGACCAGGUGGCGCUCGUGGUGGGUUUUCGGGAUCCACGAUAUAUGCAGAGAAUACUCCUGCUAGGCUUCCUGACCGGCUGGCGGACAAUAGCCAAGAGAAAUUGAUCUCAAGCUUCAAGUCGUUAAAAGUCCAGCCUGACCGCCCGCUGCGUCCAGGCUACGGAACGCUUGGAAAACCUAUUACCCUCCGCGCGAAUUUUUUUCCCAUGCGCGUUCCAAAGGGGCCCAUAUAUGACUAUACCGUUGAAAUCACGCCGAAGACCAAUAUCAACAGGCUCAAAAGUCGUAUCUUUGAACUCUUGGAGUUGAGCCCUUUAUGCCAACCACAUCUCCCAUACAUUGCCCACGACCGCAGUCAGAGGCUUGUCUCCGGGCGUAAACUGCCUCAACCUCUUGAUAUUCAAGUUCCAUUUUUUGACGACACCGAGUCGGGGCCAAGCGCCAACGCUAAGGUUUACAACGUUUCAAUCAAAUUUUCUCGCGAGAUAGACACCCAGCAGCUAAACCGCUAUCUGGAUGGUCGAGGUGAAAGCCGGGACUACGACACACUUCCACUUAUUUCCGCACUUAACCUCGUUUUACAGCAACAUGCUAGUAGGCAAGGUGUACGUGUCGGCAAGAAUCGGUACUUUUUCCCAACCGCAGACAAGGUUUCCCUGGGGGCUGGCGUGGAGGGUUGGCAAGGCUUCUUCAUGUCUGUACGACCAUCAUUUAAACAGCUUAUGGUCAACGUCAACGUUUGCAUGACAGCCUUCAUCCAACCUGGCAACCUUGCCGAUCGGUUAAUCGAAUUUCGACACUCAUCUGGCGCAAUGCCGACUUUACCCAAACAGAUGGUGAAGAGUAUCAAAGUGAAAACGAAACACUUGGGUCACAGGAAACCUCUCAAAGCCAUAGGGACUACGUCGGCUCGCAACACUUAUUUUGAUUGCGAGCAAUUUGGGGGCAAAAUUUCAGUGGAACAAUACUUUUUAAAGGCGUAUAACAGAAAACUCCGCUAUCCAGUCGAGUUACCCGUUGUUGAUAUUGGAGGUAACAAAAAGGUCUGGGUUCCCGCAGAGAUGUGCGAUAUCGAACCCGGAAACGCCUAUCGGGGGAAGCUCAACGAGAAGGAAACCGCGCAAAUGAUCAGGUACGCGUGCAAUCCGCCUCGUGUGAACGCGGAGGCCAUCGUUGGCAAGGGACUACCCACUCUGGGUGUAUCUCCACCACAAGGGCCGCUUGCUGGGUUCGAUGUUUCUAUAGAUCCUACAAUGGCCGUGGUCCCAGGCAGAGAACUUUACCCCCCCAAACUAACGUAUAAAGUCGGUCGAGCGGACGUCAAGAAUGGCAGCUGGAAUAUCCUUGAUGUCAAAUUUCAACAAGGGGCUACUAUCACGUCGUGGUGGGUUAUGGUGGUUAGAGAUGGACAUAACAUGCUUUCAGGCCCGAAGGACCCGAGGCUCAUGGGCUUGGUGCAGGGAUUUGCCACGAAGCUCAAGAACAGCGGCGUGAACAUUCCAACUGGACUUCCCCGUCUCAUCCCUCCGCCAACUUUACCUCCUCCAUAUUCUGACCCUUCUAGGACACAGGGGCUGCGGAAUAUCAAGUUAACUUUGGAAGGAGAAUUAAAAACGCAAAAGAAACCAAGCUUUGUUCUUGUUUUAUUGGAAAACCGAGACAAUUAUAUUUAUCCCGGAAUCAAACGAAUUUGUGAUGUAGAGCUUGGAAUCCAUACAGUCCACAUGCAACUAGGGAAAGCCCUGACCGACGAACGCAAGCAAGAUCAAUACUUCUCCAACGUUGCUUUGAAGGUGAACACGAAGCUUGGGGGGAUGAAUCAUUUGCUGGAACCCAACGCCAUGAAUUGGCUAACAAAGAAGAAAACCAUGAUGGUUGGUAUAGAUGUCACCCAUCCAGGUCCCAAUAGCCGGGAGGGAACACCAUCAAUCGCUGCGGUCGUCGCCAACGUCGAUGACAAUUUCGUCCAGUUCCCGGCUAGCCUUCGUAUACAGCAGCAUAGCAAGAAAGAAAUGCUCGACGAACUCAGGGAUAUGUUAGUUGAGCGUCUGAUUGUCUACGAAAAGAAGAACAAAGGUCUUCCGGCGAGAAUUUUUGUAUUCCGCGAUGGCGUUUCGGAGGGCCAAUUCGACACAGUCCUCCAAGAGGAGCUUGCUCAAAUUCUCGAGGCGUUCAAGAAGUUGAGUACGAAAGCCCGUGGAUCGGCUUACCGACCAUCUUUGUCGAUUAUCAUCUGCGGGUUCUACCCCAUCGAUUCCCAGUACGCAGACAGGAACGGAAAUACGCGUCCAGGUACUGUUGUUGACAAAGGUGUCACUGGAGUCUUCGAUUUCGACUUUUACCUCCAAGCACAUGCCGGACUUCAAGGCUCCGUCAAAGCCACGCAUUACACAGUGGUAUAUGAUGAAAACAGCCUUACCGCGGACGAUAUACAACAAGGCACACACACUGCCAGCUAUCUCUAUGCGCGAGCUACAAAGGCUGUUAGUCUCAUUCCCGCCGCGUACUACGCCGAUUUGGCGUGCGAGCGGGGCAGAUGUUAUUUGAACGAUUUCUUAGUAGAUGAUAAAACCACCACUGCUGGCAGGAGCGGGUUUGUCGACAAGGAGCACGAAGCUGCUCGGGUUUUUGAGUCAGCUAAGGCUGCAUGGGGUCAAGGGCUUCAUCAAGAUUUGCGGGAGUCUAUGUUUUACAUCUAA